AGUUUUUUUUUUGCUGAAACUAUAGAAAACUUUUCAUUCGGUUUGAAAUCAAAAGAUUUUUCUCAUUAUUUUCAACGAAACAAAAAAAAUUAAUUCAAAAACAACAACAGAAAAAAAAAUCAAAGACAAACAAAAAAAAUGUGUAAAGCAUUUGAAGAUGAAACAAAUGGAUGCUGUGAUGAUCCGGAUGAUGAAUGUAUUGGCCAAAAUGGUUGCUGUUGUUGUUGUUAUUAUUGUUUAAAUAGUGAAUGCUGUUGUGGUGAUGGCCAACACAAAUGUAUGAAAUGUCCACCAGAAUGUUGUAUAAAAUUAUGGAAUUGUUGUAAUCCAAUUCAAUGUUUUACCUAUAGUAAUAUGAUUACAUUAUGUCGUUCAUUAUUUCUAUUAUUACAUACAUUAUUAGUUGCAACAUCAAUAUUUGGUCUAAUAUGGUCAAAUGUUUAUUUCAAUUAUUUUGAUCAUAUUUUUACUGGCACUAUUUUGGGUGGACAUUUAGUUACAUUAUCUGCAGGAGGAUUACUAUUUGGACUAAGUGGCCUUUAUGCUACAAUCAAACAUCAUAGACGAUUAUUAUAUACACAUACAAUUAUUAAUUGGUCAUUAUUCAUAUUAAGAGGUUUUACAUGGCUAUUAUCAAUGUUACAUGAAUAUCAUAUUGAUCCAUUAUUAUAUGGUUUAGCACCCAUUGAAUUUUCAUUAGCUUUGUUGUCCACAAUGUUGUUACGAGAUGCACUCAUCUAUUACUGAUAUUGAAUGAUGAUAAAAAAACAAAACAAAACAAAAAAAACAUUGAGCAUUCAUCACUCAUCACACAAACACACAUAUCCAGAGAAAGAAUCAAUAUUGUAUUUGGAAUCGAUAUUGAAUACCAAAAAAAAGAAAAAAAAAAUUGUCAAAAACAAGCCACAUUUGAAAUGAAAGAUGAUUAUUUCAUAUUCAAUGAUAAAUAAUAGCGAAAAUAAAAUUCCAAGGAGCGCGUGUGUGUAUACCAAAGAUGGACAAUAAAAAAAAUGUAUCAAAAAUCAUCACCCAAAAUAUUCUUGGAACAAUUCCUUUGAACUCCUUGGAUAACAGAGAAUUCUACAUUCUCUCCUCCAUCAUCAUCAUCAUCAUCAUCAUUUUCUUCGUCGUUUAAUUUUUCCUAUACCAUUAUCAUCAUCAUCAUCAUCAUCAUCAUCAUCAUCGUCAUCAGUAACAUUCUAAAUAAUUCAACGAACACACGAACUAACAAAAAACUAUUGAAUGACCGUUUAUCAUCAUCGAGUAUGUGUAUAUAUGCCCUCAUCAUCAAACCAUAACCAACAAAAAAAACAUAGUAAAGU